AUGAUCUGCCUGAUUUUGGCCCUGUUUUCUUACUUCUUUCAGACAGGCUGGACCGGUGUGAACGAACGCACCUUGGUGGCCGUAAAACCAGAUGGCGUGCAGCGGAGGCUGGUGGGAGAAAUCAUGCGUCGCUUUGAGAAUAGAGGGUUCAAACUCGUGGCCCUCAAACUAGUGCAGGCGUCGGAGGAUCUUCUGAGGAAACACUACUGGGACCUGAGGAGUAAGCCUUUCUUCAGGGGACUGAUGAGCUACAUGAGCGAGGGACCAAUGGUAGUGAUGGUGUGGGAGGGUUUGGACGUAAUCAAGACGGCACGUAAUAUGUUGGGAGAGAACAACCCUGCUGACUCGCUGCCUGGAACCAUCCGAGGGGAUUUCUGUGUGGAAGUCGGCCGGAACGUGAUCCACGGCAGCGACUCCGUGGAGAGCGCCGAGAAGGAGAUCUCUCUGUGGUUUGGACAGAACGAGCUUCACUGCUGGGUGCAUAACAGCCGCCCCUGGAUCUACAACUGA